AUGUCGCGCCCUCUGUCCCUCUUCAGCGUCCAGGCCAUCCUCAUCCUCGCCAUUGACGAUGGCUCGCGCAUCCUCACCAAGUACUACUCGAACCCGCACCCCCCGCCCGGCGUGCAUACCGACUUCCCUGGCCAGCAAGCAUACAAGACGGUGAAGGACCAGAAAGCGUUCGAGAAGGGACUGCUGGAGAAGACAGCCAAGCAGACGACCGACAUCAUACUGUACGACCAGAAGGUGGUCGUGUUCAAGAUGGAGUCGGACGUCAUGCUCUACGUCGUGGGAGGCGCCGAGGAGAAUGAGGUGCUUCUGUACAGUGUUGUGCUUGCGCUGCGAGACUCGCUCAACAUUCUGCUAAAGAACUCAGUGGACAAGCGAACCGUCAUCGAGAACUACGACCUGGUGUCACUUGCCGUGGACGAGCUCGUCGACGACGGCAUCAUUCUCGAGACCGAUCCAGUCAUUGUUGCUUCGCGUGUCAGCAAGCCGCCCGCGCAAGACAUGAGCUCGAUGAAGAACAUUGAGCUGUCGGAACAAGGAUUCCUCAACGCGUGGGAGUUUGGAAAGAGGCAGCUCGCAGAGAGGAUACGGCAAGGGCUAUGAUCAGGUUCAUUCUGUGUACGGCGUUGCAGGAGUUUUGACGGCAAAACGAGGCUAGUGGUAGACAGCCUCAGUGUUCUGGCAUGAUAGAACUGGUAGGCUGACAUUUCCACCAACAUGGCUGAAUGCAUUAAUGUCUCCACUGAUUGCA